UGGUUAUUAAAUACAGUUGUGAGCAAACAACGUUUCACUCUGCUGCGACUGAGUGAGUGCGUGUGAGUGCCGACGCAGAAUUUGGUUCGCUUCAAAAUAAUAUUCUGUGUACUGUUUUUUCUUUUUUAUAAGAAAGUAAUGAUGCUGCGCUCCGUGCUCGCCAAUAAAUUUUUCCAGAUUUCUCGGCUCUCGCUCCGGUUUCCAGCGAGCCAGUACUCGGCUGCAGCGUCUGCAAUACCUGCGCCAAACACUCAGCCUGAAGUUCACUUCAACAAGAUCUUCAUCAACAACGAGUGGCACGAUGCAGUGAGCAAAAAAACCUUCCCUACAGUCAACCCCUCCACGGCAGAGGUGAUCUGCCAGGUGGCAGAGGGAGACAAGGCGGAUGUAGAUAAAGCAGUAAAGGCUGCAAAGGAGGCCUUUAGAUUGGGAUCGCCAUGGAGACGGAUGGACGCCUCCCACCGUGGACUGCUGUUGAACCGAUUGGCAGACCUGAUCGAGAGAGACUCCGCCUACCUGGCUACUCUGGAGACCCUGGACAAUGGCAAACCGUAUUCAGUUUCCUACAGCGUCGACCUACCGCUGGUUGUGAAGUGCUUAAGGUACUACGCUGGCUGGGCUGACAAGAAUCAUGGAAAGACCAUUCCCAUCGAUGGAGACUAUUUUUGCUACACUCGCCACGAGCCAGUGGGCGUGUGCGGCCAGAUCAUUCCAUGGAACUUCCCAUUGCUGAUGCAAGCAUGGAAGCUUGGGCCGGCUCUGGCCACAGGCAACACCGUGGUGAUGAAGGUGGCUGAACAGACGCCUCUGACCGCUCUGUACGUGGCCAGCCUCAUCAAAGAGGCAGGGUUCCCUGAGGGGGUUGUGAACAUUAUUCCGGGGUACGGCCACACAGCUGGUGCUGCCAUUUCCUCCCACAUGGACAUCGACAAGGUGGCCUUCACCGGGUCCACAGAGGUUGGUCAGCUGAUCCUGCAGGCAGCAAGCAGGAAUCUGAAGAAGGUGACCCUGGAGCUGGGGGGGAAGAGCCCCAACAUCAUCCUGUCAGACGCAGACUUGGAAGAUGCUGUGGAGCAGGCCCACUUUGCUCUCUUCUUCAACCAGGGCCAGUGUUGCUGUGCUGGCUCUCGCACCUAUGUGCAGGAGGACGUCUACAACGAGUUUGUGGAGCGCAGCGUGGAGAGAGCCAAGAAGAGGAUCGUGGGGGACCCAUUCAGCCUGCAGACAGAGCAGGGGCCGCAGGUGGAUGAGGACCAGUUCAAGAAGGUCCUGGGCUACAUCAGUGCUGGGAAGCGUGACGGGGCCAAGUUGAUGUGUGGCGGUGGAGUGGCGGCAGAUCGAGGAUACUUCAUCCAGCCCACCAUCUUCGGAGAGGUCAAAGACAACAUGACCAUCGCCAGGGAGGAGAUCUUCGGACCGGUGAUGCAGAUCCUGAAGUUUAAGACGCUGGAGGAGGUGAUUGAACGAGGCAACGACACACAGUACGGGCUGGCUGCUGCCGUAUUCACGAGAGACAUUGACAAGGCACACUACAUCUCUGCAGCACUGCGCGCUGGCACUGUCUGGAUAAAUUGUUACGAUGUGUUUGGUGCCCAAGCUCCAUUUGGUGGAUAUAAGGCUUCUGGGAAUGGACGAGAGCUUGGAGAAUAUUCCCUGGAGAACUACACUGAAGUGAAAACAGUGACUAUUAAAGUCCCCCAGAAGAACUCCUAAACCAGUUGGAUCUUAAAAGAAGAGAUUCUGUGUGAAGAAACUGUGCUUUCGUCUUUGCGUCAUCAUUUUAGGUUUUCUGUUCAGGGAUUUUCAAAUGUUGGAGGGCCAUGAAGAAAGUUCUGAUGGUUUAACACCUUUGUGGUUCACAUCAGUUACUGUAUGUUGCAUUUUUUUUUUUUCCCCCAAAACUUUUUCAGUGCUGCUUAAAUAACUUCUAAUAAUAUUAACCAGAUUCCAAAGUAUGAAUAUACUUUAAUAUAAAAAGAACACUUGCAUGCUUUACAUAUUUCUAAGCAAACUUUAGCUUCAGGAGGAUUUCUCCUAGAUUAUGUUUUUUCAAUUUAAACAGUGAUAUCAAAGCAUAUACCAAAGCUGUGAAGUGCAUCUUGCUUUUGUCCACUUUGAUAUAUAGAUAUAUAUUAGGGGUGCAACAAUUAAUCGAUGUAUCUGUCCUAAAAUUUCCCAAGCUUCGAUUACAUAUUGAUGAAUCAAUGCAUCAAAUUAGAACCCAGUUUGAAGUCUCUUAAUGCCAGUUUGCAUUAAAACCUUGAGUGUGUGAGAAUGCACGUCUUUUAAUUAUAGUACGGUAGAUUAGCGUGUUGCUAGGAUACACACUUUAGGCCUCUACAUUCGAUGUGGACAAUCCACAUCUGAAGUAGGCCUGUUGUUUUCUUGAUUUAAAAAUGAAGGCAAUACUUUUUUUUUUUUAAAUAUUAAAUCUGCUGAUUAU